AAAGGGAUGGAUAGUAACAUCCACCUGAGUGGUCUGAUAAGUCGGCACGAUGAUGAAGCCACAAGAACAUCUACCUCAGAAGGACUGGAGGAGGGGGAAGUGGAGGGGGAGACGCUCCUGAUUGUCGAGUCUGAAGAUCAGGCGUCUGUGGACUUGUCUCAUGACCAGAGCGGGGAUUCCCUCAACAGUGAUGAAGGUGACGUGUCGUGGCUGGAGGAGCAGCUCUCUUACUUCUGUGACAAGUGCCAGAAGUGGAUUCCAGCCAGUCAGCUGAGGGAACAGCUCAGUUACCUUAAGGGUGAUAACUUUUUUAGGUUUACUUGUUCUGAUUGCUCAGAAGAUGGGAAGGAACAGUAUGAAAGGUUGAAGCUGACAUGGCAGCAAGUUGUGAUGUUGGCAAUGUACAACCUGUCUCUGGAAGGAAGUGGCCGCCAAGGGUAUUUCAGGUGGAAAGAAGAUAUCUGCGCUUUUAUUGAAAAACAUUGGACAUUUUUAUUAGGGAAUAGAAAGAAGACAUCCACCUGGUGGAGUACAGUCGCAGGUUGCCUCAGUGUGGGAAGUCCUAUGUACUUCCGCUCCGGCGCCCAGGAAUUUGGAGAACCAGGAUGGUGGAAACUUGUUCACAACAGGCCUCCGACGAUGAAGCCAGAAGGAGAGAAGCUGUCAGCCUCAGCUCUGAAAGUCAAAGCCUCAAAACCAGCUCUGGAUCCCAUCAUCACUGUGGAGGGCCUCAGGAAGCGGGCGAGCCGGAACCCCGUGGAGUCGGCUAUGGAGUUAAAGGAGAAAAGGUCUCGCACGCAGGAAGCCAAGGACAUUCGCCGGGCCCAGAAGGAGGCUGCGGGCUUCCUGGACAGAAGCACGUCUUCCACCCCCGUCAAGUUCAUCAGUCGGGGCCGCAGGCCGGACUCAGUCCUUGAGAAAGGGGAAGUCAUCGACUUCUCUUCCCUCAGCUCCUCUGACCGCACCCCGCUGACCAGCCCUUCUCCAUCUCCCUCCCUGGACUUCUCUGCCCCCGGCACCCCUGCCUCUCACUCCGCCACACCCAGCCUGCUCUCCGAGGCUGACCUGAUACCAGACGUGAUGCCUCCGCAAGCCUUGUUCCACGAUGAUGACGAGAUGGAGGGGGACGGAGUCAUUGACCCGGGGAUGGAGUAUGUCCCACCCCCGGUGGGCUCCUCCCACCCUGGGACAGUGCUUGGGGGACGGAAGAAGGUGAGAGCUCCCGAGCAGAUCAAGCAGGAGGUGGAGAGUGAGGAGGAGAAGCCUGACCGGAUGGACGUGGACAGCGAGGACACCGACUCCAGCACAUCCCUGCAGGUGAGGGCUCGCGACAAGAGGAAGGCCCAGCUGGAGAAGGACCGGAAGCCCAAAGGGCCCAAGUACACGGCCGUGAGCAUCUACGAGGAGAAGCUGCUCCUGCGGAGGUUGGAGGCCUGCCCCGGUGCCGUGGCCAUGACCCCGGAGGCGCGCAGGCUGAAGCGGAAGCUGCUCGUGCGCCAGGCCAAGCGGGACCGAGGCCUGCCGCUCUUCGACCUGGACCAGGUGGUGAACGCGGCGCUCCUUCUGGUCGAUGGGAUCUACGGAGCCAAGGAUGGGGGUGCCCGGCUGCCCCCCGGGCAGGCCACCUACAGAACCACGUGUCAGGACUUCCGGAUCCUGGACCGGUACCAGACAGCCUUGCCUUCUAGGAAAGGAUUUCGGCACCAGACCACAAAGUUUUUGUAUCGUUUGGUGGGGUCGGAAGAUUUGGCUGUCGACCAGAGCAUUGUCAGCCCAUACACUUCCCGGAUCUUGAAGCCUUACAUCAGGCGUGACUAUGAGACGAAGCCGCCCAAACUGCAGGUCCUGUCCCAGAUCCGCUCCCACCUGCACCAGAGUGACCCUCACUGGACGCCAGAGCCCGAUGCGCCUCUCGAUUACUGCUACGUCCGGCCGAAUCACAUCCCAACAAUAAACUCAAUGUGUCAGGAGUUUUUCUGGCCUGGCAUCGACCUCUCGGAGUGCCUACAGUAUCCCGACUUCAGUGUUGUUGUCCUCUAUAAGAAGGUCAUCAUUGCCUUCGGCUUCAUGGUUCCUGACGUCAAGUACAAUGAAGCUUACAUUUCUUUUCUCUUUGUCCAUCCUGAAUGGAGAAGAGCAGGGAUUGCAACCUUCAUGAUUUACCACCUCAUUCAGACCUGUAUGGGCAAGGAUGUAACCCUUCACGUCUCAGCAAGCAACCCUGCUAUGCUGCUGUACCAGAAGUUUGGAUUCAAGACUGAAGAAUAUGUCUUAGAUUUUUAUGAUAAAUAUUACCCUUUGGAGAGUACAGAGUGUAAACAUGCUUUCUUCCUGAGGCUCCGGCGCUGAUGUGAAGACAGCUCUUCGUGGAGAUGCCCUUAGAGAGUGGUCUCUAUGUAGACCUGAGAGUGAUUGUCCAUUUCACUGGGUUCUGGUUUUUCCCUGCGCUUAGAUGUUUGCUUGGAGCUUUCAGCUGAGGUGAGAAAAGCAGUGGGCAGGAGAAUGAGUUGUGAGCAGCCCUUUAGAAUUUUCUGGAGAGGCCUUUGACCCACCACGUCUUGAGACUCCGUUAGUUAACUAAGACUGAGAGACGCUGCUCUCCUCCUUCUCCCUGAAAGUCGUAAAAGAAUAUCUCCAUUGGUAUUCUUGGUGAGCGAAUCAGUCCUAAUUUAAAGGACGAGAGAAAGUGAGAGCUGUUCAAGAUUUGUGCGGUGGCCUUCCAGAGAGUAGGAGAAGACUGCAUAAGGGACGCCGGCCCUUCCCCUGGUCAUGCUGCAUUGGGAGCUCUAGGGCGCUGAUGAGCUGCAGCCAGAAGAUGUUUUCUCGGCACAUCACUUCAGCUCUUUGAUUAUGAGCAUCUCCCACUGGGGCCUGGGCUGGGGAUGAAAGACUUUGUUUCCUCUCAGGCCUGCACAGUUGGUUUGGUCUGUGCCGUUGGGAGCCAGUCAUUCAGAUGGUUCUGCUGGACGGAGGCGUGUGCAAGAAUUAGACUGCUGAGUUUAUGAAGCUGGAGCUAGCCCGCCCAGCUUUUGCAGACCCAGCAGGAACAUUUCCAAAAGUAUCAUAUUCUCGAAUAAUAAAAAUAUUUCUUCUAACAACC